GAUGGAACUCAACGUGGCAAAAUAAACUCCAUGGGAAUGAACUUCUCUUCGGUGCUGAAACAGCACUUGGUUUUUAAAAUGAAAUUGAUCGUUUAGUCACGACGCAUUUUAUUGCUUUGUUGGACUUUGGGGUCCUGACAUUUCAGCUGUGUGGCUAAAAGUGCUGGAUAAUUUGAUUUGUGUGUGAUAUUCAGAGGACAACGUGGAUGUUUUCAAAGAGGAAUCUGCUAGGAUUUCAGUCACAAAACGAUGACGUCAGAGAAGCCGCCGUUGCCUGCGGACGGCCAGCGGGACGAAGCUGAAGCGGGUUUAGUGCUCGAGCAGGAGGUCACAAUGGAAACGGCCCGAGACGGAUGGGACAGCAAGGUGGAGUAUUUCCUCGCUCAGGUGGGAUUCAGUGUGGGAUUGGGAAACGUUUGGAGAUUCCCGUACCUCUGCCACCAGAACGGAGGAGGAGCGUUCAUCUUGCUGUAUGUGCUGUUGAUGGGACUGGUCGGCGUGCCGUUGUUUUUUCUGGAACUGGCGGCGGGUCAGAGCAUCAGACAGGGCAGCAUCGGCGUCUGGAGGCACAUUUCUCCCAGACUUGUUGGCAUUGGCUACUCCAGCUGUGUGGUGUGUUUCUUUGUAGCUCUGUAUUAUAACGUCAUCAUCGGUUGGAGUAUCUUUUACUUGGGAAGCUCUUUCAAGUAUACUCUACCUUGGGAAGCCUGUCCGACAGAAGGGAACAACACCGUGAAGGAAUGUGCCGCCAGUUCUCCCACGGCAUAUUUCUGGUACCGUAAAGCUCUGGACAUCACCGAUUCCAUUGAUGAAACCGGAGAGUUAAACCCCAUCAUCACUGGAUGUCUGCUGGCCGCUUGGGUCAUCGUCUGUCUGGCCAUGUACAAGGGCAUCAAAUCAACCGGCAAGGUGAUGUAUUUCUCCUCCGUGUUUCCGUACGUGGUGCUGCUGUGUUUCCUGAUCAGAGGCGUGACACUAGACGGGGCGUCCGAGGGCAUCAAAUUCAUGUUUUACCCCAAGCUGGAGAUCUGGGCUGAUGUUCAGGUGUGGCGUCAGGCAGCGACCCAGGUGUUCUUCGCUCUGGGUUUGGGUUUCGGUUCUGUGAUCGCGUACUCUUCCUACAACCCGAGGCACAACAACUGCCAUCGAGACGCAUUCACCGUGUCUGGAGUCAACUUCAUGACGUCCGUUCUGGCCACGCUGGUGGUGUUUGCUGUGCUGGGUUUCAGAGCCAAAACUAUCGCCACGAAGUGUGUUAACCGUAACAUGAGGGCCGUGGUUAAAGCGAUGUCCAGCCGUCCUUUCCCUGACCUCAUCAUUAAUGUGUCAGAUGUGGAGGACAUGACGUUGAAUGAGUAUGAGCAAUUGUACAAGACUCGAGGCCAGCAGCUAAAUAUCUAUGGUUACAACCUCACCGCCUGCAGCUUGGAGGAGGAGCUGAAACAGGGUGUGGAGGGAACCGGUCUAGCGUUCAUAGCAUUCACUGAAGCCAUGACUUUGUUUCCUGGGAGUCCGUUCUGGUCAGCGCUGUUCUUCCUCAUGCUGCUCAAUCUGGGUUUGUCCACCAUGUUCGGCACCAUGGCAGGAAUACUGACCCCACUGACGGACACCUUUAAGACCCUGCGUAACCACAAAUUCCUCUUUACAGCGUGCAGCUGUGCGUUGGGCUUUCUGAUCGGUCUCAUGUUCACUCAGCGCUGUGGAAACUACUUUGUGACUAUGUUUGAUGACUACUCCGCCACACUUCCCCUCAUCAUGGUCGUCAUCUUCCAGACCAUCAGCUUGGCGUGGUUUUAUGGAGCGGACAGGUUUUUGGAGGACCUGAAGCUGAUGUUGGGUCGGCCGGUUCCUGUGGUGUACAAGUACUUGUGGAAGUACGUGUGUCCGGUUGCAAUGCUGGGGCUCUUGGGGGCCAGUCUGCUAAAGAUGUUCUUGGAGCGUCCCACAUACAUCGCCUGGAACAGAGAAAAGGCGUCAAAGGAAGAUCUGCCCUAUCCGGGCUGGGCCCUUGCUGUCCUGAGCACACUCAUCAUUGUCGCAUUUCUUCCCGUUCCUAUCGGAUUCAUUCAUUCCCUCCUCCUGGAACGGCUCAGCCAGUCUCCGGCAGACGCCGAGGCGGGAUAUGUCCCGUGUGCCACCACAGACACAGACCUGACCCCUCUCGACACGCUACCGCCCUCAGCAGGCGACCCCAGCUCAUUUUCCCCUUUGCUUGAGGAAAACCAAGACACUCGUUUGCAGAACGGUCACAUUGAACACUUCGAAACAAGUGUGUUAUGAGAAGAAACUACGGCUGUGAGUUUACAAACAUCUGAGAAGGAUCUGUUUAAAUCAAGACCAUUUUAUGAGCAUACUUUACUGUUGGGAACAAUCAUUUGUAUCUCUGCAUACGGGCACUAAAAUAACAGCUUUUAAAGUGUUAGUUCAACCCAAAAAACAAAAUUGUCAUCAGCGUCACUCUAAACAUCACUGAUAGUCCUCAUGAGUUAUUUAGCCGCUUGUUCAGGCUGCUCUUUUCUUGGCUUCUCAAACUCAGUUACAUGUUAUAGCUGCUUUGAUGACCAUUUCCUGUUUUCCGAGUGAACUGUUACUUUAAGUAGAGUGUAAUAAUGGUACCUGAGUCUGGACCUGUGUUUGGUGGGUCCAGGUGAGCGAUGAACAACACUAGUUUCCUGUUACAGUGGUCUAAUCAUUUGUUAACUGACAAUCCUGCUGCUUUAGUCACCUGACCAGGUUUUCGUCAUGUUUUGCAUAAAGGUGUUGAUGAUGGGUUUGACCUGUCGGUGUUAUUUGAACUCUACGAUGCUGAACAAGCAUCCAGUGCUUCAUCUCCAUUGAUGUCAUUAACCCUUUGAUGCAUGAA